CUCAAAAACCACAACUCCCUCACACAUUUUUUUCCUCUCACUAUAGUCUCUCCUUUAACGCCAAAAAAAAAAAAAAAACUACAUUCAAAAUAAAAUUUCAUAUUUUUUAAAAAAAUUGAAAAAAUAUAUAUAGAAAAAAAAUUAUGGAAGCGCCAGAGUUCUUUCAAGGAACAACUUACUGUUCUCAAUUGACGCCGGAAAAACCGGCGGCCGGAGGUGACCAUUUCAUCGUGGAGGACUUGCUCGAUUUCUCCAACGAGGAUGCCGUUAUUACUGAUGUCGCUAAUUUCAACUCCUCCGUUGCCGGUCAUUCUACGGAUUCGUCAACCAUUACGGCUGUCGAGAGUUGCAAUUCGUCGUCGUUUUCUGGUCCAGAAACGAAUUUAGGUGGUGGUAUUGGUUGCAGGAGUUUCACCGACGGUCAGUUCGCUGGUGAUCUUUGUGUGCCGUACGACGAUUUAGCUGAGCUGGAAUGGCUGUCGAAUUUCGCCGAGGAAUCAUUUUCAAGUGAGGACCUGCAAAAGCUCCAACUGAUAUCCGGUAUGAAAACCCUACCCAACGUAUCAUCGGAGCCACGAGGGUUGCAACCUGAACUCCCUAACCAAAUCGAAAACGCCAUCGACGGCGGCGGAGGCGACAACAACCAUGUUUUCCAUCCAGACAUGACGGUUCCCGCCAAAGCAAGGAGCAAACGUUCCCGCGCAGCGCCGUGCAAUUGGGCGUCACGCCUCCUCGUUCUCAGUCCAACGGUUUCAUCCCCCGAACCGGAUAUCAUCGUCCCUGUUCAACCACUUCCCUCGAACCAACCGGGAAAAAAACCCGUCAAAACGACGUCAUCAUCGUCGAAGAAGAAAGACGGUGGAGAAACGAGCUCAGACGGGCGGAAAUGCCUGCAUUGUGCUACGGAUAAGACGCCGCAGUGGCGGACUGGACCCAUGGGUCCGAAAACACUUUGCAACGCUUGUGGUGUGAGGUAUAAAUCGGGUCGUCUUGUACCCGAAUACCGACCCGCUGCUAGCCCGACAUUUGUGCUCACUAAGCAUUCAAAUUCUCACCGUAAGGUCCUCGAGCUUCGACGACAGAAGGAAAUGGUAAGAGCCCAACAACAUCAUCAGCAACAAUUCAUGCAUCAUCAUCAUCAUCACCAUCAUCAAAACAUGGUUUUUGAUGUAUCUAACGGUGAUGACUACUUGAUUCACCAACCUGUGGGUCCUGAUUUCAGGCAGCUGAUCUAGUGCAUGCUAGAGUAGGGAAACUUUAAUGAGAGCUCUUUAAAUUUUUUUUCCCAACCAGAGUUUAAUUUAGCUAAUGAAUUCAUUAGUGAAUUCCAGUUUAUAAUUUUCCUAACUAUUUUUUUUCUUAGACUAUUUAAUGUUCCUUAGUUGUUUUUUUUUUCUUUGCCAAAUUUGGCAAAUUCUUGAAGCUUCGAAACCCAAUCUUCUUAUUUCAGGUAAAUUAGUAAAAUUUUGUUUAUAUUUUUCUUUA